AUGGACGUCGACGAGGAGAAGCAGGCUACCGAGUCAAGACAACCGUCUAUUGUGACAUCUUCAACUGCCAACGGCAUAGAAACGCCAGAAAUCCGCGACGAAGAUGCGAAACGAGAUAAGGAAAAGGCUGUUAUGGAGGCAGAAAAGCCUAUCGAGUACCCGCAAGGCUUGGAAAUGUUCUUCAUCAUGCUUGCUCUCGUGCUUAGUAUCACUCUCUGCUCUCUCGACCAGACCAUCGUCGCAACCGCCGUCCCCAAGAUUACCGAUCAGUUCGGCCGCCUGCAAGAUAUCUCGUGGUACGGCUCAGCAUACUUCCUCACCCUUGGAGCCUUCCAGUCACUCUGGGGCAAGAUCUACAAGUUCUUUCCCCUCAAAACAAGCUUCUUGUUGUCCAUCUUUAUCUUCGAGCUCGGAAGCCUGAUCAGUGCGGUUGCUCGUAACUCGAUGACUGUGAUUGUCGGACGUGCUAUCGCUGGCUUAGGAGCUUCCGGUGUUGCCCCUGGAGUGUACACGAUCCCUGCUUUCAUCGCCGCACCGGAGAAGAGGGCUACAUAUACGGGUUUCAUUGGGUUAUCGUGCUUCUACAUCAACUUGCCUAUCGGUGGUCUGGCCAUUCUCGUUAUUCUCUUCACCUUCAAGACCCCCGCCGGGGUCAAGGUCGUCGACGCUACACUCAAAGAGAAGCUCUUACAGAUGGACUUCAUAGGCACAGCGCUCGUAAUGGGCGCGUCUUUGUCUUUGCUCCUGGCACUUCAAUAUGGUGGUGUGACCCAUGCGUGGAACUCAAGCGUCGUCAUCGGGUUGCUUGUCGGUUUCGUCCUCAUGAUUAUCGCGCUGAUAGGAGUAGAGUUCUGGCUGGGAGAGCGUGCAAUGUUGGCCCCACGACUGAUUCGCCAAAGGACCGUUUGGGUCAACGCGGUAUGGAGCUUCUUCUUUGCUGGAUCAUACUUCAUAACGCUUUACUAUCUGCCUAUCUACUUCCAGAGCAUCGACAACCAGAGUCCUAUCGGCUCGGGUGUACGAAACAUUCCGCUCAUUGCGCUGUUCAGCGUUGCGACAUUUGCAUCUGGCAAAGCCAUUACAAAGACGGGUACUGCUGCCCCAUAUCUGGUGGUUAGUUCGAUAAUCGUCACCAUUGCGGCCGGUCUAUUCUAUACUCUCGACAUUGGGACGUCGACGGGCAAAUGGGUUGGAUAUCAGAUCCUGGCGGGCUUUGGAUAUGGCAUUGGUCUCCAGGUUCCUGUUGUCAUUUCGCAGGCUUUCGCUGCACCCAGUGACAUGGCUCCAGUGACUUCCAUCAUUAUAUUUUCUCGGACCAUCGGUGGUACAUUCUUGAUCACCGCUGCGCAAUCUGGCUUCAUCAACCAGAUCAUCCAUAAGCUAUCCAGCACUGCGCCUACCGUUGAUCCAGCAUUGGUUACAGAAACGGGUGCCACGACCCUCCGACAAAACUUCUCCGGCGCUGAGUUGAAUGGUGUACUGCAUGCUUAUGUGUGGGGCAUCAAAGUUGCUUUUGCAAUAACUAUUGCGGCUUGUGGCAUCACAGUCCUUACGAGCGUGUUUAGCAAGUGGACGAAUAUCCACCACAAGAGACAGACCUCAUAA